GUUGCGAUAACGAAUGUACUACUGCGAAGUGUGCUCAGAGAAAGAAGAGUAAACUGAAUUCCAUGCCGCCACUUUCAUUAUCUCUGAAUUUGAAAUGGACGCCAUUGAAUUUGAGGGCCACCGCCACCGCCACUAACAAGGUCACCGAAGUGCCGCUGCCGGAGAAAAUCCGCAACUCGAGAAUUCUCGUCCUCGGUGGGACUGGCCGGGUCGGAGGAUCCACCGCCAUUGCGCUCUCAAACUUCUGUCCCGAUCUUCAAAUCCUCGUCGCCGGUCGAAACAGGGAGAAAGGUGAGGCUCUCACCGCUAAACUUGGAGGAAAUGCAGAGUUUGCUCGUGUUGACAUCGACGACGUGAAUUCACUGGAAACUGCGUUGAAAAGUGUAGAUCUCGUAAUUCAUGCUGCUGGUCCCUUCCAACGCGCAGAAAGGUGUACCGUGCUUGAAGCUGCAAUAAAUACUAAGACUGCGUAUAUUGAUGUUUGUGAUGACACGAGCUACGCAUGGCGUGCAAAAUCCUUGAUGAAAAGGGCGUUGGAUGCAAAUAUUCCUGCUAUAACAACAGCAGGAAUAUACCCUGGAGUUAGCAAUGUCAUGGCAGCAGAGCUAGUCCGUGCAGCAAAUGAAAGUAAAGAUAAGCCAGAGAGGCUAAGAUUCUACUACUACACAGCUGGAACUGGUGGUGCUGGUCCAACCAUAUUGGCUACAAGCUUCUUGCUGCUGGGAGAGGAAGUAGUUGCGUAUAACAAAGGAGAGAAGAUCAGAAUGAAGCCAUAUAGUGCAAUGCUCAACAUUGACUUUGGAAAAGGAAUUGGCAAACGAGAUGUUUAUCUAUUGAAUUUACCGGAGGUUAGCAGUGCACAUGAGAUUUUAGGAGUGCCAACUGUAAGUGCUCGAUUUGGAACAGCACCAUUUUUCUGGAAUUGGGGAAUGGAAGCUAUGACAACACUUCUUCCCCUGGAAUUUCUGAGAGACAGAAAUAAAGUACAAAGUUUGGUUCAGUUGUUUGAUCCUUUUGUAAGAGCAUUGGAUGGGAUUGCUGGAGAACGCGUAUCAAUGAGGGUUGAUUUGGAGUGCGCAAGUGGACGCCAUACUGUUGGUCUAUUCAGUCACAAGAGACUUUCAGUAUCCGUUGGAAUUUCAACGGCUGCUUUUGCACUUGCAAUUCUUGAAGGAAGCACUCAGCCAGGAGUCUGGUUUCCUGAAGAGCCUCAAGGAAUUCCUAUUGAAGCAAGAGAAGUUCUUCUAGAGCGUGCUAGCCAGGGAACGUUUAACUUUGUAAUGAACAGGUCACCAUGGAGGGUUGAAACAAACCCAAAGGAGUUCGGGUUAGGAAUAUACUUAUAAGUCUGCCCGUACCACCGCAAAAUUGAAAUUCAGUAAAAUUCAUUUUAAUGUACUGCAAGGCUGUAAGUGUAUUGUUCUCGGGACAUCGUUCAUUUUCAUGCGUGUACGAGAUUAAUUAAUAGGUGUCCAUAAGAAUAAUGCACACAAUGCUUAUCUGUUUGGAUUUGUUAGAUGAAAAAUGACCUAUAUAUAACCUUCUUCGGUAAGAAAAGAAAACAGAAUUUUGUCAUCUGUGAUUUUAAUUUAGCAGUUGUUACCCA